UGGUGACAUCUGGGGACCAAGGCACCUGAAGCAUCAUAGGAGUCCUAAGGGGGGAACCAGCCAGGAGCCUGAGACCAGAACUACCCCCCGCCGGAGGAGUCCCUAAGCGUUAGUCCCCAGCUGACCUUCCCCCCACUGCCCAGCCCAGUAGGCCCUGCCAUGGGACCCUCUUCAGGCUCCUGCAGCCACACCUGGAAUCGCUGGGCCUUCCUCCCACUGCUACUGACCACCUGUGCAGGGCCUCUCAUGGCAGAGGACUCCAGGGUGCUGGGGGCGCAGCCCUGUGAACCUCAUUCCCAGCCCUGGCAAGUUGGCUUGUUCCAGGGCGUGCGGUUUCUCUGUGGGGGGGUCCUGGUGGCCCCUCGGUGGGUUCUCACAGCAGCCCACUGUCAAAAACCGAAGUUCACAGUCCACCUGGGAGAGCACAGCCUGCAGAACCCAGACGGUUCUGAGCAAGAGAUCAAGGUGGCUCGAUCCGUCUCACAUCCUUGCCACAAUGAAUCCAAUAGAAACAGCCAUGACCUGAUGCUGCUCAGACUUCAGAAACCAGCCAGUGUGAACAACAAAGUGAAGCCCAUUAGACUUCCCUCUCGCUGCCCUCAGCCUAACCAGAAAUGCACUGUGUCGGGUUGGGGUACCACCACCAGCCCCCGAGAGAACUUUCCUGACACCCUGUACUGUGCAGAACUGUACAUCUGGCCCCAGGAUCUCUGUGAGCAGGCCUACCCAGGCAAGAUUUCGGAUGGCAUGGUGUGUGCAGGAGACAGCAACGGUGUGGACACCUGUCAGGGUGACUCAGGGGGCCCUUUGGUGUGCGAGGGAGCUCUCCAGGGCAUCACAUCUUGGGGCGCAGAUCCCUGUGGGAAAGCCGAUAAGCCAGGAGUCUACACCAGUGUCUGCCGCUAUACGGAGUGGAUUAACAAGAUCAUCAAGGCUAACUGAGCCCCGCGCUGGGUGUGGGUCGGGGAGGAGGAAGAGGCGGUCCUUCUUCCUUAAUAAAGAAGUAGCCCGGGCUGCGCUCCCGGUAGACUUGCUUAC